GUUUUCUCAAACCGUCAUCGUCAGUUCGAAAAAAUGGCUUUGCUUCAACUUAGUUUCUUGGUUUUUGGCCUCUUUGUGGAAAAAAUCGCCGGUCAUGGAAUGAUGCUGCAGCCCCCAAAUCGAAGCUCUUUGUGGCGAUUUAACCCUAACGCACCACCCAAUUACAACGACAAUCAGAAUUAUUGCGGAGGAGCUGGGGUGCAAUGGGCGAGUUUGGGUGGCAAAUGUGGUCUUUGUGGUGACAAAUACGACGAUCCGCAUCCACAAGCAAACGAAAACACCGGUAAAUAUGGUCAAGGAAUAAUCGCCGCUGAAUACAAAGCAGGAAGUGCUAUUGAUGUUGAGGUCUUGCUUACCACAAACCAUAAGGGUUUCUUUAAUUUCAGUUUGUGUGUAUUGCAAAAUCCAAAUGCGCCGGAAUCUGGCGAGGAUUGCUUUCAGCCUCUGAAGCUUGCAAACGGUGAUAAACAAUAUAAUGUUGUUACUGGUGAAAAGACAAUAAAUACAAAAGUACAAUUGCCAAGCGGCUUGACAUGUGACCGAUGUGUCUUGCGUUGGCAUUAUCAAGCCGGUAACAACUGGGGACAAUGCGAAGAUGGAAGUUAUGAUCAAGGAUGUGGUCCCCAAGAGACUUUCCGUUCUUGCGCUGACGUUACGAUCUCUUAAACUUAGCCAACAUGCAACCCAACAAAAUGUUAUAAUAAAAAAAAAACUACU